AGCCUUCCCCAUGAGGAAGGGAGGAAGAUGCCGGCUCUGCCCCCACUGUUGCUGCUGCUGAUUGUCGCCUUUGUACCCCGAAGCCUACAGGUCCUCUCGUCCCUGCGCAUGGCGGCCAUCCUGGAUGACCAGACAGUGUGUGGGCGCGGGGAGCGCCUGGCCCUGGCCCUGGCCCGGGAGCACAUCAACAGCAUCAUCGAGGUCCCAGCCAAGGCUCGUGUGGAGGUUGACAUCUUUGAGCUGCAGCGGGACAGCCAGUACGAGACCACCGACACCAUGUGCCAGAUCCUGCCCAAGGGUGUCGUCUCGGUGCUGGGCCCCGCGUCCAGCCCAGCCUCGGCCUCCACUGUCAGUCACAUCUGUGGGGAGAAGGAGAUCCCACACAUCAAGGUGGGUCCAGAGGAGACCCCACGCCUGCAGUACCUGCGCUUUGCCGCUGUCAGCCUCUACCCCAGCAACGAGGACCUGAGCCUGGCUGUGGCCCGGGUGCUUCAGGCUUUCCACACGCCUGCUGCCAGCCUGCUCUGCGCCAAGGCUGAGUGCCUGCUGCGAUUGGAGGAGCUGGUGCGGCAGUUCCUGAUCUCCAAGGAGACGCUGUCCAUCCGGAUGCUGGACGAGAGCCAGGACCCAACACCGCUGCUCAAGGAGAUCCGGGAUGACAAGGUCUCCACCAUCAUCAUCGACGCCAACGCCUCCGUCUCCUGCCUCAUCCUCAAGAAGGCGUCAGAGCUCGGCAUGACAUCGGCCUUCUACAAGUACAUCCUGACUACCAUGGACUUCCCCACGCUGCAUCUGGAUGGCAUCGUGGAUGAAAACUCCAAUGUCUUGGGCUUCUCCAUGUUCAACACCAGCCACCCCUUCUACCUGGAGUUCGUUCGCAGCCUCAACAUGUCCUGGCGUGAGAACUGCGAGCUCAGCCCCUACCCCGGCCCUGCGCUCUCGGCGGCGCUGAUGUUCGACGCAGUGCACGUCGUGGUGGGUGCCGUGCGGGAGCUGACCCGCAAGUUUGGCGUGCGCCACCUUGCCUGUCCCUCCGCCAGCAUCUGGCAGCAUGGCACCAGCCUCAUGAACUACCUCCGCAUGGUGAGCNNNNACGGGCUGACGGGGCGCGUGGAGUUCAACAGCAAGGGGCAGGGCACGAACUACACCCUGCGCGUGCUGGAGAAAGCACCCGAUGGGCACCGCGAGGUGGGCGUGUGGUACUCGAACCGGACGCUGGCCAUGAAUGCCACCUCGCUUGCCCUGGAUGCCCCUGACACCCUGGCCAACAAGACCCUCGUUGUGACCACCAUCCUGGAGAACCCGUACGUGAUGCGGCGGGCGGGCGCGGGCACCGAGUACGAGGGCUUCUGCGUGGACAUGCUGCGUGAGCUCGCCGACAUCCUCAAGUUCCGCUUCCGCAUCCGCCUGGUGGAGGACGGGCUCUAUGGCGCCCCCGAGCCCAACGGCUCCUGGACCGGCAUGGUGGGCGAGCUCAUCAACCGGAAAGCCGACCUGGCGGUGGCGGCCUUCACCAUCACAGCCGAGCGCGAGAAAGUCAUCGACUUCUCCAAGCCCUUCAUGACCCUCGGCAUCAGCAUCCUCUACCGCGUGCACCUGGGCCGCAAGCCGGGGUACUUCUCCUUCCUGGACCCCUUCUCCCCGGCCGUCUGGCUCUUCAUGCUCCUGGCCUACCUGGCCGUCAGCUGCGUCCUCUUCCUCGCCGCCAGGCUGAGCCCGUACGAGUGGUACAACCCUCACCCCUGCCUGCGGGAGCGACCACACGUACUGGAGAACCAGUACACGCUGGGCAACAGCCUCUGGUUCCCCGUGGGCGGCUUCAUGCAGCAGGGCUCAGAGAUCAUGCCCCGCGCCCUGUCCACGCGAUGUGUCAGCGGGGUCUGGUGGGCCUUCACGCUCAUCAUCAUCUCGUCCUACACGGCCAACCUGGCCGCCUUCCUCACGGUGCAGCGCAUGGAGGUGCCUGUGGAGUCGGCUGACGACCUGGCCGACCAGACCAACAUCGAGUACGGCACCAUCCACGCUGGUUCCACCAUGACCUUCUUCCAGAACUCACGGUACCAGACCUACCAGCGCAUGUGGAACUACAUGCAGUCCAAGCAGCCAAGCGUGUUUGUGAAGAGCACGGAGGAGGGGGUGGCCCGGGUGCUCAGCUCACGCUAUGCCUUCCUGCUCGAGUCCACCAUGAAUGAGUACCACCGGCGCCGCAACUGCAACCUCACGCAGGUCGGCGGCCUGCUCGACACCAAGGGCUACGGCAUCGGCAUGCCCCUCGGAUCCCCGUUCCGGGAUGAGAUCACGCUGGCCAUCUUGCAGCUGCAGGAGAACAACCGGCUCGAAAUCCUGAAGCGCAAGUGGUGGGAGGGCAGCCACUGCCCCAAGGAGGAGGACCAUCGUGCCAAGGGCCUGGGCAUGGAGAACAUCGGGGGCAUCUUUGUGGUGCUUGUCUGCGGCCUCCUCAUCGCCGUCUUCGUAGCCGUCAUGGAGUUCGUGUGGGCCACGCGCCGCUCCGCUGAGACCCAGGAGGUCUCGCUGUGCCAGGAGAUGCUGCGGGAGUUGCGCGGCGCUGUGUCCUGUCGGAAACCACCACGGGCCCGUGCCCGGCGCCGUCCCCGCCGGCUGUAG